AGAAGGAGAGCAGACCGUGUGGAGAGGAGGAGACUCCCAGCAGCACAUCAAUGAAUGAGUGACUGAUCACUGGAUGCUAGGGGGGUGAUAUUCAUCUGUUUAUCUGCACUGGCUGUGAUUGUUGCCAUUGAUCUUCCCAUCGUACAGCCAGGACCUCAGGGGUCUCCCUUUUAAAGGACCAAGGAGAGACAGACACAAAAAUGAAGCAGGAGAGCUGAUGGAAGGGUCUUGCUGAGCAGAGAGCAGGAAGAGCUGAGAUGGAGUCAUCGCCUCCUCCUGGAGAUGCUGACAAUGACCAUAGAAAGGACCUGAUUAUCUGACGCUCCAUUCAUCCAUGUUAUCAGCAGAUGGCUGGGGCUACCAGGUAAAGGGAAGCCAAAGUAUGUUAAUGAAUCCAUGUCUGAGAGGUGAUUUUUCAGCCAGCUGUGAACCUACAAUGGGCCACUCCCUAAACCUGAGAUUGGGGACCCAUCAGAAAGCUUAGGAGAUAGCUGGAGAAGACACCCGACUGGGAUGGUCGCAGUGGUAGAGACCAUGGCUGCGGAUAGGUGGCUGUGACCCAUUCACAUAACCCAAUGGGAAUGUAAUUUAUUUCUGGUUCUUCUCAGAUCAUGGCAUUUGGCAUCUCCAGGUAUUCCCUAAAUUCACCUUUCAGGACCAGUGACGAGGACAAUGGGGUUGAAGAACAGACAUUCAGGGGGUCAUCCUGGCGAUGAGCAGGAGGAGAAGAAAACAGGUCUAACUGGGGAUCUAGAGCCGGCCUCCCUGGGGGCCGGGGUGGACAAGGAUGGGACCUUCCUGCUGGUGGGAGCCGGGAGAGAAGACGUGAAGCGCAACCCGCAGGGAAUUGGGCUCCUGGCUAAGACACCUCUGAGCUGUAGCAGACCUGUCAAGAGGAACAAUGCCAAAUACAGGAGGAUCCAAACUUUAAUAUAUGAUGCCUUGGAGAGACCUAGAGGCUGGGCGCUGCUCUACCAUGCCAUUGUGUUCCUGAUAGUCCUUGGAUGUCUCAUUCUAGCCAUUCUAACGACCUUCAAAGAGUACGAGGAUGUAUCGGGAGAUUGGUUACUACUACUAGAAACCUUUGCCCUUGUCAUUUUCGGAGCGGAGUUUGCCUUAAGGAUCUGGGCUGCAGGCUGCUGCUGUCGCUACAAGGGUUGGAGAGGAAGGCUAAAAUUUGCAAGAAAACCGCUGUGUUUGCUGGAUAUGUUUGUGUUGAUUGCCUCCAUACCGGUGGUGGCCGUAGGAAAAAGUCAGGGAAAUGUUUUGGCAACAUCGCUGCGAAGUCUGCGGUUUCUUCAAAUUCUCCGGAUGCUUCGAAUGGACAGGAGAGGAGGGACAUGGAAACUUUUAGGAUCGGCCAUUUGUUCACAUAGCAAGGAGCUCAUCACCGCCUGGUAUAUCGGCUUCCUGACAUUAAUUCUGUCGUCGUUUCUCGUCUACUUGGUUGAGAAGGACGACCCCGACGUAAAUGAGCAGGGUGAGCCCAAACCCGAGGAAUUUGAGACGUACGCCGACGCUUUAUGGUGGGGAUUGAUCACACUCGCAACAAUAGGCUAUGGGGACAAAACCCCAAAGACAUGGGAGGGCCGUCUGAUUGCUGCUACCUUUUCCUUGAUUGGGGUUUCAUUUUUUGCACUUCCUGCUGGGAUUUUAGGUUCAGGGCUGGCUCUCAAAGUUCAAGAACAACACCGACAAAAACAUUUUGAGAAAAGAAGAAAGCCAGCUGCGGAACUAAUUCAGUCUGCCUGGAGAUUUUAUGCCACUAAUUUAAGCAGGAUUGACCUGACGGCAACAUGGAGAUACUACGAAACUAUCGUCCAGUUUCCAUAUUUUAGGAAAGAGCAGAUGGAUGGAGCUCCUAGUAAUGUCAUAUUUAGUAGGGAGUCAUUGGGAUCAAGCAUCAAAAGAAAACUUAGCCAGAAGUGGAGUCUUUUGGAUCGCGUCCGGCUUUCGAAUCCCAGAGGAACUAGUCCAAAGUCAAAGACGUUUUCCCCGUUGAACAUCGAAGGGGUUGAAGAAAGCCCGUCGAAAGAGGCCAAAAAUAUCGGAUUGACCAACAAAGAACGUUUUCGUACGGCAUUAAGAAUGAAAGCCUACGCUUUCUGGCAGAGUUCAGAAGACGCUGGAACAGCUGGAGAUCCCAUGAAUGAAGCCGGGUACACCAAUGAAUUCCUAGUAGAAGAUUUAAUUCCAACUAUAAAAUCGGCUAUCCACGCUUCUAGAAUUCUGCAGUUUCUAUUACGUAAGAAGAAGUUUAAGGAGACGUUGAGGCCUUAUGAUGUGAAGGAUGUCAUAGAACAAUAUUCAGCUGGCCAUUUAGAUAUGCUGUCAAGAAUCAAAUACCUCCAGACAAGAAUAGAUAUGGUUUUAGCUCCCUGUCCCCUUUCGACUCCCAAACAUAAAAAGUCACAGAAAGGAUUGGGAGCCAUUACUGGAGGAUAUGGAUUUCCAUCACAGCAAAGCCCAAGGCAUGAACCAUAUGGAUCCAAAACAUCAGAUAUUGAAGACCAAAGCAUGAUGGGGAAAUUUGUGAAAGUAGAACGACAGGUUCAGGACAUGGAAAAGAAGCUGGAUUUUCUUGUCGAUAUGCACAUGCAACAAUUAGAUCAGCUCCAAGUCCAGGUCACAGAGUACUAUCCUCUAAAAGAAGCGGCAGUCGAAGAGGAAGGCGGAGAAAGCGGAUUUUCCGACCCUGGGAGAUUAAUUUAUAAUUAUACGGAAUCUUGCUCCCACGCAAGUCCUUAUAUGUUGAACCAAGUUUCAUUUAGUAAAAUAAAUCAGUACGGUUUCUAUGAAAAUUACCCAAUGGAUUUUACUGCCCAAAUGCCUUUUAAUGGUCAAAACUGUACAAGGAUGGCAAUGCCUUCCAUGUCGACUUACACCGAAAGACCAACAGUUUUGCCUAUUCAUACGUUAGUUGACUCUCGAGUAAACUACCAACAUCAAGGAGCCGUGUCAAGUCCCUAUUCAGAAAAGAUUUCCCCGGUGCAGAGGAGAAGUUUCACAAGAGACAGCGACACGCCGUUAUCGCUUCUUUCCGUAAACCACGAUGAGCUCCAGCGAUCCCCAAGUGGGUUCAGUAUUUCCCAAGAAAAGGAAGAUUUCAGUUUUGGCCCGAACGGCUCCAACUGGAUGAAAGAGAAACGUUUCUUGGCAGAAGGGGAGACCGAUACUGACACAGACCCUUUCACGCCAAGUGGUCCCAUGACUUUGUCUUCAACCGGAGAUGGUAUUUCAGAUUCAAUAUGGACACCUUCAAAACCAGUUUAAAAUUGAUUGUCGGGUUAACUUUUCUUGGAUUACCUUUUCUAACACUGUAUUUAUUCUUUGUAUAUGUCACUAUACACUUUCCAAAGUUGAAUAGGUUAUACCAAUGGCUAUAUAUGAUGCAUGUUUAAAAGUGAUAGUCACUGCAUCAUCUCAUGGUUUUUUAUAAUUACUUUUAGGUUUAUAGCGCUGAAAUGGAGCAGUUUUUGGUUAUGAGCAUGAUUUGCAUGCAUUGACAAAAUGUAACUGUUACAAAUAUAUUUUUUUUGUAAUAAUAUGGCACAUAUCAACUUACAAGUGGAACUAUGCAGAAAGAUACUUGGUUAUAUAUAUUUUUUUUUGUUGCAGUGUUUUAUAGUUUCUAAUAAUGUUUGUUUUAUAUAA